UAAAAUUGAUGAUUCGGGAGAUAGCUUAAGUGCCGCUUUAGCAACAAAAUAUUUUUUAGUGCAACGAAAAGUGAACAAGCAACAACAAAUUGAGUGAUCCUUUUACAAAAAGUUGGAAUUAUUUCAGAAAAAUAGGACCCAGUUUACGAAAUUGAAGAUGAGAGUAACUAAACGCUGAUCAUGUGACUCGUCGUUUGAGUGGAGUUUACAGACCAUGCCUGUAGCUUGCAGGUAUCUGCUAGUCAUCUGCAUAUGUGGUCUGACAUUGAGCAAACGAGUUCGUGUGACAGAGCUGCGGGUUCCUUCAACUGCUGUAUUUGGCGAAUCUGUGGCACUUCUCUGCAGUUACGAGUUGGGGAGUGAAGAACUGUACGUCGUGAAAUGGUACAAAGACGAUCUCGAGUUCUACAGAUACGAGCCAAAAGAUGACAAUCAGUCCGUCUAUUUCCCACAGCCUGGAGUUAAUAUCGAUCUUUCGAAAUCUGGGAGCAAUUCCGUUUAUUUAAGAAACGUCGCCUUAGACACCUCUGGCUCCUACAAAUGCCAAGUAUCUACUGAUGCUCCUUCCUACAGUUGUGUCCAAGCUGUCAAGGAGAUGAACGUCAUAGUUUUGCCAGAAGACGGACCUACCAUCAGCGGUGGCAAAGAGAUCUACGACUUUGGUGAAAAUAUCACACUCAACUGCACCUCUGCCAAAUCAAAACCUGCUGCUCAAUUGUAUUGGAUAGUUAACGAUCAAGUUGUUGAUGAUAAAGUAACCGUUGAUCACGGAGUUACCGCCUAUGCGGACAACUUGGAAAAAAGCUCCAAAACUCUGAGUCUUCCUAUCACAGAUUCAUUAUUGAGUGCUAGAAAAGUAUCCAUUAAGUGCAAAGCAUCUUUUUAUGAUAGGAUAUCUAUGAAUAGCAAAGAUAUCACAGUUUUACAAUUAGACAGUGCUGCUGUAUGUGUAUUUAGCCGCAUGACUUUGCUGCUGGCUCUUUUAAUAAAUCUUUGGCCAGGAUUUAGGUAA